AUGCAAUCUGGUGAGACGGUUUUUUUAUAUCUCUGCUUCAUUCUCAAAGUCCGUAUCGGACUUUCGGUAAAAGGGAGAGGUGUAAGCGUAGCGCCUCACGGGACGGUACGCAGUUUUCCCGAAGAAUAUUCAUAG